CUAGGCACGAACUCUCCUUGCCCGGCGCGUGAUAUGCGCAUGCGCGCUGCGCCAUCUUCCUCCUUUCGGCAACUAAUCUCACAAUGGCAAAGCGGACUAAGAAGGUCGGAGUCGUCGGCAAGUAUGGUACCAGAUAUGGUGCUUCACUUAGGAAGCAGAUAAAGAAGAUGGAGAUUUCGCAGCAUUCGAAAUACUCCUGCCCUUUCUGCGGAAAAGAAUCCCUCAAGCGAAAGUGUGUUGGAAUCUGGGUUUGCAACCGUAAGACCUGCAGGAAGACCAUUGCCGGCGGUGCAUGGACAGUGAGCACUACCACCGCAGCGACCGUUCGCUCUGCCAUCCGCCGUCUGCGCGAAGCCCGUGAGAAUGCAUAAUUGUAUUCCAAUAAAGAAACCGCUGCCGUAACACUAUGA